AUGGACCCCAUCUCCUCCCUCACCGCACUCUUCAACCUCUGGGCCUCGACACUUCUCGCGCCCCUAAUCAUAAGCGGCAUCCUCUUUAUCUGCAUAUUCUCACUCGUGAUAGAAAGAAUCCCCUACGCCACAAUCACCGGUCUCCAUCUCGUAUCGCUGAUCUUCUGCUGUCUGAUGACGUCCAUCGCCGCGCCCGUGAUCCUGCACUUCCUGUUACAGAUCUAUGCCGUGUGUAGCGCGCUGAAACUACUAGGUAAUUUCUUGACUUUGUUAGGGAGGGAUGGUACGUUUGUGGAGUCGCUGGUGGGAUUGGGCGCUUUGACGGGCUUGGCCAUUGCGGUUUUGGUGGUGGCGACCGUGCAGCAGGAUGGGAUUAGGGAGAAUAGGUUCAUGGCGGGGCCCCUGGGAGGGAAGGAAUAUUCGGGGAUUGCACAUCAGCGUUAUCAGAUGCGUUAUUGA